AUGUGCUUCUUGCCUUUCCAGGUUCUGCUGCUUGAUGGCAGAGGCCAUCUACUUGGUCGUCUUGCUGCCAUUGUGGCGAAGCAAGUUCUGCUUGGUGAGUCUGUCAUGUUGUGAUAAAUUAAUACCCAUCCCCUGACUUGAAUCAUUAUCCAAUCCAAGAAUUUCAUGUCACUUGAUGUGUAAUUGCAACUUGAUUUGGACCUAGUUUUGGUUGACUAACUUGCUACAACUGUCAGUGAUGCUUUUUAACCUACAUUGCUUGAGUAACUACAAUGAUAACUCACAUUACCAUCUGAGACAGUGGAUAUUUUACAAUGGGCCUGUGUACUUGGCUAUAUUUCAAUAUGUAAGUCAGGAUUUAUCCCCUUUCAGGCCACAAGGUGGUAGUUGUGAGAUGUGAGGGUAUCAACAUCUCUGGAAACUUCUACCGUAACAAAUGUAAGUUAUUGACACUUUUUGUAUAUAUUCAGGUUAACCUCUGGUGUAAGGAUUCAGAUGUCCUACCUUUGAUUCAUAGUAACUAUUUUGAGCUAAAUCUUAAGCUUUGCUUGUUGUCAGUGAUGUUUACCACAGUAAAUAUUCGAGUUUAACGACCAUGAGAUUACUUUACAUGCACUACCAUCUGAGACAUAAAGCAACAUGGUAUGACCGGAGAUGUGAAAUUGUGGCUGUGGUGAAACGGUUUAGACACUGGCGUAGCUUGAGAAUGUAUUGCACCUGUCUUUAUAAAUAGUGAAGUACCUGGCUUUCCUGCGUAAGAGGAUGAACACCAACCCCUCACGUGGACCAUAUCACUUCAGAGCGCCCAGCAGAAUAUUCUGGAGGACCGUAAGGGGUAAGAUCACAACCCCUUAUUUUGAACAGGGAUUUUUUUUGCACUCCAAUUUUGGCUGUUUUUCAGCUCCCUGUCUUACUAGUCCAGUGGUUUGCUUGGACCUAACCUUUAUGGACAUUGAUUUAAAUGGUCCAUUUUGGGUUGAUUCAGUGACAUGAAGUAUGCACAUUCUGAACUCCACCUUGCACAGCAUAUGGUUCCUACUUGACUGUGAUGAACACUUAUCCCGAAGCUGAUCAUUUUGAUGAGACAAACUUUCGGAUCUGACUGCUGAGUUUAGUCAGGGCCACGAUGUUGUGCUGAGGUCUGUUAUUAACAGUCAUGGGGAAGUUUCUGCACAUUUGAGUUUCAUGCCUAUUUCAUAUUCACAAUCAAAAAUUGGCAUGGAACCUAAAGUGUGCGACACUAUCUACAUAGUAUUGUGAUUUUCUUGGCUUCCCUUAUGCUACAGAAUAUUGCCUAUCCUAUGUGGGGUGACCUAAUUGCCUAGUAACAUCCUAACUUUGUUGAUUCCGUUGGAACCCAACAGGCAUGCUCCCUCACAAAACCAAGAGAGGACAGGCUGCACUGGAGAGGCUGAAGGUGUUUGAUGGUGUCCCCCCUCCUUAUGACAAAGUGAGUGUUUCAAUCAUCCAACAGAACUCUGAUCUUGUGCUGUCGGCGAUGCUACUUAUUCAUACCUACAUUGUUUGAGUAUUGACUUUGAGAAUAACCCUGAAUCUGAGACGCAAAUGUCUUCCCCUUUUGAUGGACUUGCAGUUGCUUUUGUAGCUGAUGUUUAUUUUGUUCCACAGAGGAAGCGCAUGGUCGUACCUGCUGCCCUGAAGAUUGUCCGUCUGAAGCCCACUCGCAAGGUAAGCCUAAAUCAGUUUAGCAUAUAACACCACUGAAUUGAUAAACUCUUCAUUGACUAGUAGGUAGCUGUAUUUGUCAUAAGUUGCAGGCCGCACAGUAGUUGCGCUAAUGUUUAGCCACAUCAUUCUUGCUAGCCAGACAUUGGCCAAAAUCUAUUUAGCCACGUACCCAUCUUUGCUUAUUGUCAGUGAUGUUUACCACAGUAAGUAUUCGAGUUUAACGACCAUGAGAAUACUUUACAUGCACUACCAUCUGAGACUCAAGCAACAUCCAAAGAAUAAUUUGAACCCCAAGUAGUGGAAACUAUUAUCUUAUGACCUUAAAUGGGUUGUGGGCCAAAUGAUUGAUUUGUGACACCUAUUGUUUCUCCUUUGUGUGAACCUGCCUUCCCCAGUUCGCCCUCCUCGGGCGUCUGGCCCACGAGGUUGGCUGGAAGUACCAGGCCAUAACAGCCACCUUGGAGGAGAAGAGGAAGGAGAAGGCCAAGAUCCGGUAUGCCAAGAAAAAGACCGUGACCAAGCUGUCAAAGCUGGCAGAGAAGAACGUGGAGAGCAAGAUUUCAAAGUACACUGCUGUCCUGAAACAAUAUGGGGUCCUUGUCUGAGCUGGUUCGUGGUGGCCAAUAAAGAUAAAUAAAUGUUUAUAGAAAGU